AUGUCAUUUUUUGUACUGUGGGGUAUUUUGCUGUUUAUUGCACUAGCAGAGGGAUUCCAAAACAACCUAGUUAACACAUCAAAAAUUGAGUUUCUUGAAGCAGAGUACGCCUUAGACAGACUUGGAUUGUGGAAAAAAUUUGCAGAUGGUAAUUAUAGUGACUGUAUGGAGUUAACUUUAAGAAUUGACAGAAUGUUGAAUGCUGUUGCAAAUGUUGAUAUUGGUGCAAUGGAACAAUUUAUUGAAAUGGAUGAAUAUAGUUUGAAGUUUCAGGAUCCCUGUGGCAAAGGUGAAAAACAUACUUUGUCAAGCUUAUAUGAGAAUGCACCAGGCUGGGGAGGUGAAACUCCUUUGACUAUUUUGGCUCGAAGUUCAUUGCCUAGAAGCAGCAUAAUGAUGCAGUUUCUGUCAUCUAAAGGUUUGGAUUUUGUCAAGUCUCAAAUGAAUGGUUUUACUCCGCUUAUUCUAGCUAUUAUUCAUAAGAAUUUUAGUGGAGUUAAGGUACUUUUAAAUUUGGCUGAGAGGCAAAAAUACACCUUGCAUUUGAAAAAAACUGAAAUGAUUCAGAGCUCGAUAAAGGAUAAGAAUGAUAAAAAUACUAGUUUUCAAAUAAGAAAGAUUGAAGUUAUUAAUGAAGUUGAUUCAAUGGGAAGAACAGCUCUUUUUCACGCAGUAUUGAUGGAAGAUGAUAGAAUGGUUGAAUCUCUAUUGAUGGCAGGUGCUGAGCCAAAUAUUGCAGAUUUUUCAGGAGUAACUCCACUUCUUUUGGCAUCAAAAAAAAACCUUGUUGUGAUUGUCAAGCAAUUACUUAGAAGAGGAGCUGACCAGACAAUUCUUGAUCCAAGAUACAGGGACCCACUUUCUGUUGCAAUAAAGAACAACCACCCAGAUGUUAUUCUUGCUUUACUUAAGGACGAAACAUUCCAAUCAAAGUAUUUGAGUGUUUACGAACCUUCAAGAUAUAAAGGCCAAAUCAUAAGACCCACCUAUCAUGUAAAAAGACUUCUGGACAUAUUUACUGUGCUUCAAUUAAAAGAGGAUGUUGUUCAAUCUUUAUUCAGGAUUGAGUUUGCUAGAAAUGAUACAAGUCUAUGUGACCUUAGAGACAACGAAGGAAGAACAGUAGUUAACAUUGCAACAUUUAGAGAGAUGUAUGAUCUUCUUGAAGAGGUUCUGGAUUUUUAUAACAAUGCAUCUAUUUAUAAAUAUGAAGGCUAUACUAGCUGCAAUCCUCAUGUUAUUGAUAAAUCUGGCAGAGGCCCCAUUGAUUAUCUCUUAACAGGAACAGCUUCUAGCCAUAGUUCAUUUUUUUCGUUUGAUAAUAAAUCUAGUAAUAACAGAAAAAUCAACAAAUACUCUGGAUUAUAUCAAAACUUUAUCCAAGGUAACAAUGAAGAAACUAACCAAACAGGAGGAAAUUUGUUUAAUGAAUUUCGUAAAAUGGAAACUUCAUUCAAUGUUCUCUCAGAUAGAAGACAGUUCCUUCUAACCAAAUUUUUAAAGCUAUCAAACCCUCUGGACCUUUCCUCAUAUUUAUUUGAACUUCUAAGAAGAGGUGGGAAUCCAACAGUAUCCACAAUUAAAGCCAUGGUAAAUUGGUUGGGAGGGUCUAGAGAUCUUUUACUACACAAAACCUCCAGAGAUGGUCACAAUCCCCUUACAUUUGCUUUAUCUACUGGUCAACUGACUGUUGCUAGGGAAAUUCUUGAUAUCCUUUUGGAUUCUCCAAGUUCCAAUGAAAACAGUUACAAAAGUGCUGUCAAACUAGCUAUUGAUUACUCUGCAAGUGUUCAUUCAUCCUCAAUAAUUGUUGAAGUAGCACUUAGAAAGCCAGUUAUUAUUCAUGAAUGGAUCUGUGAAAGAAAAUUAAAUAGUUUUAUUGAGGUUGAAGAACUCAAAUUUGUACUACUAAACCUUCCUCGUGAGUUUAUUGGCUUUUCAAAACAUCCUGACCUUUGUAAACCACUUUAUACAAUAGUCAAACAGAUUCUGGACCCUGAAAGCCAAAUAGAAUCCACAGAAAUUGUCUCAAUUAUGCUUGAUACCAAUGGUGGUUUGCCUUUCUUAGAACACUCAGAUGUUAAUAUGGCAAUGAAAACUGUUGGAACUAGUUUAAGUAUUUCAGCCUCAUUUGGACUCAAAAUUCUUCCAUGCUUAGAGUGGACAUCCACUAUGUCUUAUACAUUUGCUCCUUACUUUUUUGGUGUUUUCAAUAAGUUUGAAACUUCAUUGGACAAAUCUGACCAAAAUAUUCAAGUAAAAAGUGAUGCUGAAAACAUCCUUCAAUAUGUUGGAAAAAACUCAUCUGAGUUGGAAUCUCUAGAAAAGAAUUUUUCAAACAAAAGUUUGAACUCUUCCAAAGAAUCUACUGGAUCACAGGGACUGUUAUAUUCUGCUUUAGUAGAAAAUCAAACUUUAAAAUCCACUGAGUUAUUGAAAAAAAAUCAAUACUCGAAUACUGUAAGUACUGUUUCACCAAAAAUUAAGAAUUUGAAGAACCCUGGGAAAAUUAUAGUCAAAUAUGGUCUUGGAUCCACAAUUAGUUCUAUCUUAACUGGGCAUGGCAUUAUCGGUACCAAAAGAAAUCAGAUCUUGGAUCUUGUGUUCUCUUGUCCAUUAAGGAAAGUGGAUCCAACCUUAAAGAAAUUUCAAAGAAGUGUUUUAGCAAUUACAUUAUUAAUUUUAAUUAUUUGGAUUCUAAUCACAUCAUUUGUGAUAGUAUUCUCAUCUAGAAACAGACUAGACAUAUUUGGUUUUGUUCCAAAACAUUCAACUUCGGAACCUGAACGGUUGGCUUUUACAAUGGUUGAAUGGAAGGUGUAUAAACUUGCAAGUGUAUUACGUUUCAUUUCUUUUCUCUACUGUAUUGUUAUCUUUAUCUCUAUUGGAAGGGUGAGACAUUUAUUAUUUACCUUAUUUUUCCUUAUUUUGGGCCUAUUUUUAAAGUUCAAUCAGUUUCUACUACUCAAGGAAAGUGAUAUUGCAGACAUUACAACAGCUUUUAUUAGGGAGGAAAUGAUUGAUAAAGAUAACACAGCAUUAAACAAAGAUCUAGAAGACAAUGAUGAUGCUAAUGACAACUCUUUGGGAAUGGUUAAUCCAAUGCCAGUUGGAGGAAAUGAAGAAACUAGACAAGAGGGGAUGCACCUUGGGACAAUAGGAGAGGAAUUUUCAGCUAGCCAUUCAAGUGCUACCUUUACAGAUUCGAGAAAUACUUUUCAGAGCGAUAUAGUCAAAAGGGAACAUAUUUCAGCUGAACAGUAUGCUUUGGCAACUCUAUUUAUAGGGAUUUGUUCUUUUGUUAUUGCAAUUUCCUCAAACUUACAACGUUUUCUCUUUUGGAAUUUUCGGGAAUUUUAUCGUUUUCAUGAAUCCUAUUAUUUUGUUGUUAACCAUACUUACAUUGCAAUUUCAACAGAAAUUAUUCUUAUCUUAAACACAUGGUCAUUAACAUUUGCUAUUCUCAAAGCUCCAGGACUGAUGAUUUUUAUCCUAAUGCAACGAAUACAAGUUCUUCGAUACUUUUUGCUUGCUUAUCCUGACAUUAACCAGAAUAUAUUCAACUCCUUAAAAAGAAAUCAACUUGGACUUAUUGGCAAAGAAAAUUCUCCUAAAUCCUCUCCAAAUAUAAAUUUACAUUCACCUAUUUCAAAAGGAGCAGUUUUUAUCCCUCCUGGAAGGUUCGAUAUAGUACUUUGUCAAUGGGUACGUGUUAGGUAUGCAAUCAUGAAAAGAAUGCAUAGGAGAUUCGCUGUUGCAUGUAAACCUUAUAACGCUCUUUAUUUUGGCAUUGGAUUUAUCUUUUUGGUUUUUCUACUAAACAGGAAAAAUAUUGGAAAUGGUUCUAAUGUUGACAUAAUGAAUUACCUUUUAUUCGAUGAAUUUGGGUUUACUCUUCUCACAGCAUUUGGUUCUUAUUCUAUUACUCUUAUAGUAAUUGUCUGGCUCGGAUGCACGUCUAACCAGAUUUCAGAAUCUCAACAUUGGAGGCUUUUUUGGGAUGCUUUUUCAUUUAUGCCUCCUUGUUCUGCUCAGCAGGUUGUCCUACAGCAUAUUAAACUUACACAGGACCUGGAUAGUGAGGAUAAGAGAGUCGACUUGCUGAGUAUUCCUAUUACAAAUUUUGCAAGAAAUAUACUGCUUUUAUUUAUUCUAGUAGUGUGGAUACGUAUAUCCAUAAUUGGAAUAUCUUAUAUUUUAUUAUGA